AUGAACAAUUAUGUUUACGGAUAGAACUGUAAUGAUACUUAAAAAUAUUUUUAGAAUAGAUAAUAAUUUAGCAAUUGUUCUGUAAGAUUGAGCAAUUGAUGAUAGAAAUAUAAAAAUUAACAAAUUUUUCCAAUCAAUUAAUAAUGAAUUUAUAAACAUAGGAAAACUAAUACAAUUCUCUAAAGAGACAAUUUAAUGAUAUAUGGAGUUAAUUAAGUGAGUAAUAAAAGAUCUGGUUUAAUUUAAAGAAUAAUACUCAGCAUUAUACUUUAUCAAAUGAAGCAUUCGUAAUGUCUAAUUUAAUAACUGAUAUAAGGAGUAGAGUAUCAGAAAUACAAUAAUUUAAUUAUAACCAAUAGGAUUAUUCCAAAUAGAAAAAAUGUUAAUAAUGUUCAGAAAAAGAUUAUACAAUAAGUAAUCUAAAAGCACAAAUACAAAAAUAGGCAGAAAUUUUAUUAAAAUUAUAAUGUAUAAAAUUUUAAUUAAAAUAAUAGCGGAUAGUGAAAUAGCAAGACCUUAAACCUAAAAUUGUUUUGGUAAUUAUAAUAAUCAAAGAAUUCAUACUGAAGGAUUAACAAGAUAAAGAUUUGCAUCUCAAAAACUUUUUUAAAGUAAUUUAAGUACUACAACAGCUCCUGGCUCAAAGUUUUGA